CCUCUAGAACCUCCAAGAAGAUGAAGUCGCUUUUGUGUGGUAUAGUGGCCACAGUGCUGCUUUUCGGCGACUUAAGUGUGGUGCAAGGUGUAUUGAUCGCGCCGGCGCCUCCUCCACCUGGAGAAUAUGGCCCACCACCACCAGCACCGCCUCCACCAGGAUAUUAUGCCCCACCACCACCUGGACCCCCACCACCAGGCUAUUGGGGCCCACCACCACCAGCACCGCCUCCACCUGGCUAUUGGGCCCCUCCCCCACCAGCACCGCCACCACCAGGAUAUUAUGUACCCCCAUUUUCAUAUUAUCCGUAUUAGUAAGCUUUGUUGUACUGUGCGAUAAUAACGCACGAUCACACAAAUAAAUGCCGUCAAGGUCGUCUAUUUCAAAGAA